CACCAGACUGAAUUGUUGAAACUAGCGGUCAUGCUUAGGUACAAGCAAGGAACUUUCAUAGACUCAGUCACAGCUCACACGUGCACGCAAGAUACAAAUUCAGAAGCACAAAUAAACCAAAAAAACACAGAGGGAGACAGGUUGGUAUCCGUUGCAUCCAGGAUCUUCCAAAUAGCACCAGUUUUGGAUCAACAACGGCCAGACACUCCAAGACGUACAUUUACACAUGCAUGUUAUCUCUGAACUAGCCAAACUGUUCUUUAAAGAAGACCUAACAUCUUGUUGUAGAAUAAGCAUCAGACACGAUGACUUGAUCGCCACAUGCAGCUCAAGAUAUGUUCCAGGCAGCUGCAACCAGGACACACCAUGCCAUAAGUAGAUCCCCACAUGGCACUUCGUCCAUUCUAUACUAUCUUCUUAAGGGAACCAAUCAUAGAUGCAAAUGCAAUCACAUUUCACAUAAUUCAUUAGCAGUGUCCAUCACGAAAGCCACAUGUAAUAACUGUAUAGAGAGGCUAGGUUGAUAUGGCUGCACUCAGAACAUAACAGGGAUCCUACAAAUAGCCCCCACAACCAGAGCCAUCCAACACAAAAGAUACCUGACCUAUUAUUAGGCAGCUUGUUCCAUCUCCAGAGGAAGAGUGAUCCUGGCCUCAUGUCCCAAGGAAAGCUCUAACAGCCAUAGACUAUUUCCCUCUCUUUUUCUCCUUCCUCCUUGGAGGAUCCCAAGCGCAUCGGUCGUGUGUCUUGGUUUCCUCCAAACACAGCGCGCGCUCUGUUGCCCUUCACCUCUCCUUCCUCUCCCCUUACCAGGGAGGGAGGAAGACAGGGGCACGAAGUGGCGCAGAGUAGACGCUUGUGACCAUCCACCUGUUGCUGUUGUUGCGCUGAAGAAUAAAAAAGGAUGGAGAAGAAGGGCACCAUCCUCAUGAACCGGUACGAGCUCGGCCGCAUGCUCGGGCAGGGCACCUUCGCCAAGGUGUACCAUGCACGGAACCUUGCGUCCAACAAGAGUGUGGCCAUCAAGGUCAUUGACAAGGAGAAGGUGCUGCGUGUCGGCAUGAUUGACCAGAUCAAGCGGGAGAUCUCCGUCAUGCGCCUUGUCCGCCACCCCAACGUUGUCCAGAUGCACGAGGUCAUGGCCAGCAAGAGCAAGAUAUACUUUGCAAUGGAGUAUGUCCAGGGCGGCGAGCUCUUCAGCAGGGUCGCCAGGGGCCGGCUUAAGGAGGAUGCCGCGAGGAAGUACUUUCAGCAGCUGAUAGGGGCUGUGGACUUCUGCCACAGCCGUGGUGUCUAUCACCGGGACCUGAAGCCGGAGAACCUCCUCGUGGACGAGAAUGGCAACCUCAAGGUGUCGGACUUUGGCCUGAGCACCCUCAAGGAGUGCCAGAAGCAGGACGGGCUACUGCACACGACGUGCGGCACACCUGCAUAUGUCGCACCAGAGAUAAUCAACAAGAAGGGCUAUGACGGAGCAAAAGCGGACAUAUGGUCUUGUGGUGUCAUCCUCUUUGUUCUUCUUGCUGGCUAUCUCCCAUUCCAUGACUCAAAUCUAAUGGAGAUGUACAGGAAGAUUAGCAGAGGUGAUGUCAAGUACCCGCAGUGGUUCCCAUCUGAUCUCCGGAGGCUUAUGUCCAGGCUCCUCGAUCCAAAUCCAAACACCAGGAUCACCAUCGAGAAGCUGGUUGAGCACCCGUGGUUCAAGAAGGGGUACAAACCAGCAGUUACGCUGGCACAGCCACACGGGUCAAACAGCCUUAAAGAUGUUCAAGCUGCUUUCAGUACUGAGCACAAGGACAACGAAGCCAACAAGGUGGAACAACCGGAGAGCCCUUUGAAGCCAGCAAGCUUGAAUGCAUUUGACAUCAUCUCCCAGUCCAAAGGAUUUGAUCUGUCAUGCCUGUUCGAGAAGGAUCAAGAGCAGAAGGCGAACUCACGGUUCAUGACCCAAAGGCCAGCAUCAGCAAUAGUGUCAAAGCUGGAGCAGAUUGCUGAGACAGAGCACUUCAAGGUGAAGAAACAGGACGGACUGGUGAAGCUGCAGGGGUCUAAAGAAGGGAGGAAGGGCCAGCUCGCGAUCGACGCAGAGAUCUUUGAGGUAACACCAGCCUUUUAUGUCGUUGAGGUGAAGAAGUCGGCUGGGGACACGUUAGAGUACGAAAUGUUCUGCAACAAGGACCUAAGACCUUCACUCAGGGACAUCUGCUGGAGCGGUCAGUCGGAGGAAAAGCUUCCUUCACUGGCUGAGUCAUCACCUCUAAAGCAGUCCUCUUAAGUCGAUCACGAGAGAUGUAAUUUAAGUGCAACCUCAUCAGAGAUGCAACUAUAGUCCAUCUUCCACCCUCCUUUAUUUUUCCCCUUUCUCAAAGGGCUGAGAUUUUGCUCACUUCAGAAUCAGACUUUAGGGCUCUUUGUUGAUCUUUUUGCCAGUUUUCAUUUGUAGUAGCAAUUGUUGAACAUGGAACACCUGUUCUCACCAAUAGAAGCAGUAAGAUUGGCAGUGCCAUCCUUUUUUGCUGUUGCUUUGGGAUAAAAA